AUGUUUUACCUUGAGCAAGAAAGCGGGCACCUCGGUGAUCAUGAAGGUGCUGCUCUGGUAGCAGAUAGCAGAUUUGGUGUUAUUGUGCAGGAGCAGCCUGAGGCCGUGGUUACUCUCCCGAAUGGGAACAAUGGAAUUGGCAGUGAGAUAAAUGUGGAGUGUAAAAUGGUGGUGCCGUGCAGCAAUGAGCAUCGAAUGGCAAAUGCUGUCCUAGAUGUGUUUGAGGAAUGCCUGAGGGACGCAAAGAGUAACGGGAUUAUCAAUGGUGUCAAUGUGGACGGGAGAGCUGAGGAAAGUGAGCUUGCCAAGCGGUGGAGAGCGCAGAGGAUGGAUGAGCUUGAUGUCUUAAGCCGGAGGCUGAGGUUGCUCGUUGAGUAUGCUGCAGCGGCUGGGCAGUGA